AUGAAUGAAGACCAGGAAUCAGAAAAUGAAGGCAGAGGUGGUGAUCUCGUCAUUGACGACGAACCAAGAGGCGAAGAUGUGGAAGAUGAUAUCGAGCAGCGGUCGCAGCAGAUGAGCUCUCAGGGUCUCAGACACGGUGUCUCUGGUGGCAAUUUGUUGGUAGCUGGUGAUGAGAGAGGCAAUGUGAGUGUCAUGGUGUCGAAGACGAGCAAGACAUCGCUCACACGUUUAAGCGAAACUCCGCCGAGCCACCCAAUUCUCAAAUGCAGCACCGCCCACCACCCUCGCUCAGCCAAGCUCCCAGCACUGUCGACUCUCCCAGAUGCGAACGACUCGGAUGCGGAAGACGAGAGAGCAGGGGAGGUCGUUCCUGGAGAUGAAGAGAUGAAAACCAAGCCUCCGGCGACUCGGAUCAAAGUGGUGAUGGUGAAAGUGAUGGUGGGGAUGGAAGCAGUGGAGACGAAAGCGAUGACUCUAGCGAGCGGCUACACUGUCGAUGACCAGACCGCCCGUGAGAGGCUCAUGCUGUACAAUUGGAAAGUCCAGAAUAAUGUUACCCGGAAGGCUUUCGACAACCUGCCCCUACCAAGCAUGUCUGGUUACUCAUCGAAGCGGGCUGCAGCCGACUUGGAUAGCCUCCUGCCUGCAAAACGCUUUUCGGAUGACAGACUCACCAUGAAGUAUGACCGUUGUCCCGCAAACCACAUCUCGUACACGGGUCCCCAUUCCGAGAAAGAAGAGUGUCCAAAGUGCAAAGCCCCAAGGAAAAUCAACGGCAAAGCAUCAGCACAAUGGGAGUAUAUCCUGCUCAAACCUCGACUGCAGCUUCUCUUCCACCAUCCCCAGAGAAACGAGCACGAAAUCGGCCUGUCAAUCUUCAGCAAAAAAACCAUUUGCUUUGGCCAGCUCUUAAACGUUAUAACCGUUGAGCUCCCAUCACAUCCCUCGACUCCCCAGGACGGCCCCCCUAAAACUUUUAUUCUGGCUCACCUCAGGCGAGCUGCCACCACAAAGCAAAAGAUCGGUACUAGGCAAUGGUACUGGUAUGAGGGUUUUGCUGCCGAAGAGCUUGUGGAUCUUGGAUCUGUCAACGAGCUGGUGGGGAGGGUGAAGAGUUUGCGGAAGCCCAGGAGGAUUUAUAUCAUUGACAGGGGCACUGAAGCCAGCAGAGUGGAUAUUGUCAUGUGA